CUGUUGUAUGUAGAGAUGAAUACCAGGCUCAAGGCAUUUGUUUUUGCUGCUGCUGCACAUUGGUUGUUGUGUGUCAUGGCAAUUGUUGCUCGGUCUAGGAAAAGAAAACGGGUUGCAAGAAGGGAGGGGAUUACUUAUGCACCAAUAUAUGAAAGGGAUAGGAAGAGAAUGGAAUACCUCGAUGACAAAAUCUGGAGGAACGACACAACUUGUUUAAACAUGCUGAGAAUGAACAAAGCACGUUUCUUUAGGUUUUGUAAGUUGUUUAGAUAUCGUGGUUUACUUGAAGAUACCGUUCAUAUGUGUGUUGAGGAGCAAGUGGCAAUGUUUCUGCAUACUGUGGGGCACAAUGUCAGGAAUAGAGUAAUUGCAACCAAUUUUGGUAGAUCCGGAGAAACGGUCAGUCGUUAUUUUAACAAAGUCCUUCAUGCUAUUGGUGAGCUACGAGAUGAUUAUAUUAGGCCCCCUUCAUUGGACACUCCACCUAAAAUUGAAGGAGACACCAGGUGGUAUCCAUAUUUUAAGGAUUGUAUAGGAGCACUUGAUGGUACACAUAUUAGAGCCACUAUUCCAAAGGAAAUGCAGCAUGCUUUUUGUGGUAGAUACAAGCAUUGUACUCAAAAUGUACUGGCAGCCGUAGAUUUUGACCAAAAGUUCACCUAUGUGUUGGCCGGAUGGGAGGGGACAGCACAUGAUGCACUAGUUUUACGUGAUGCUUUAUCACGUGAGGGUGGCCUUCGUGUGCCACAAGGUAAAUAUUAUCUAGUUGAUGCUGGAUAUGGAGCGAAACCAGGAUUUUUACCCCCUUUUCGGGGUGUACGAUACCACUUGAAUGAAUGGGGGAGUAAUCCGGUGCAAAAUGAGAAGGAAUUGUUCAACCGUAGGCACUGCUCAUUGAGAAUAAUAGUUGAGCAAGCAUUUGGGCCACUGAAAAGGAGAUUCAAAGUUCUUGACGAUGCCUCUCCAUUUUUUUCUUAUGAAACUCAAGUUGAUAUUGUUGUUGCUUGCUGCAUUAUUCAUAAUUGGGUGAUUGAAGAUGGGAGUGAUGAGUUCAAUGUCCCAAGUGACAACGAUGAGGACACCCAGCAUACCACAUAUGCUGGGACAGCAAGUGAGAAUGCCAUUAUGCUAGCUUUUAGGGAAGGCUUGGCUGACCAAAUGUGGGCAGAUCGUCUAAGCCAUGGAAACUAGUGUUGGUCAAUGUAAUUUGUGUUGUAUUUCAUUUGUUUGGACAAUGUAAUCUUUGUAUUUGACGGCUGAAAUUGUAUUUUAGGACAUAUUUGUUACAAAUAAUUGAUUGCUUCUUGUUGGCAUUAUUAUUUGAGGACAGCAAGUGAGGAUUAAUA